AUGCCAUUGCAAUGCAAGGUCCACCAGGAGAACCUGGACCAAGGGGCCCCCCAGGUCCUCCCGGAGUACCAGGAGCUGAUGGCAUUGAUGGUGAAAAAGGCCCCCCAGGUGCAGCAGGAAGCCCAGGUGCCAAAGGAGAACCAGGCCUUCCAGGUCCAGAUGGCCCUCCAGGAAAACCUGGCAUUGAUACGAGAUGUCCAAAUUGGACAUACAAGGCAUUGGUUUGGAUCCUAUGAACGAGCUGGCCUGACAGGAGCAAAAGGGGAACCGGGCCUUGCUGGGAGACCUGGCCCUAAAGGCCAGCCUGGACUUGUAGGUCCUCCGGGGCUCCCAGGUCCCAGCCUGGCUGGAUCUCCCGGACCUCCUGGCCCAGUUGGGCUCCCUGGAGAGAUUGGAGCACUGGGGCCCAAGGGGGAACGUGGUCCGGAUGGGCCCCAAGGGCCUCCAGGGCCCCCUGGGAAACCUGGCCCUGUUGGGCACAUCCAAGGAGUUGAAGGCAGUGCAGAUUUCUUGUGUCCAACCAACUGCCCCCCUGGACCCAAGGGACCCCAAGGACUGCAUGGCCUGAAGGGUCACAAAGGUCGCCCUGGAGCCCUUGGGGAGCCUGGCAGGCAAGGCAAGCCGGGCCCAAAGGGAGAUGUUGGCUUAUCUGGAGAACAAGGAAUACCUGGCCCUCCCGGUCCUCAAGGUCUCCGAGGAUACCCCGGAAUGGCAGGGCCUAAAGGAGAAAUGGGCCCCCGAGGUUAUAAGGGAAUGAUCGGAACCAUUGGAGCGGCAGGACCUCCGGGUGAAGAAGGCCCAAGGGGACCCCCAGGGCAGGCUGGUGAUAAGGGAGAUCUUGGUGCUCGUGGCAUCAGAGGCCCCCAGGGAGGAAUGGGACCCAAAGGAGGAAAUGGUCUUCCUGGGAUUGAUGGCAAAGAUGGCACUCCAGGUAUCCCUGGGGUGAAGGGGAGCACCGGGCAGCCGGGCCUUCCCGGGCCACCCGGCCACCGAGGAUUAGCUGGUUUGCCAGGCACACCGGGAACCAAAGGUGGCCCAGGGCAGAAGGGUGAACUAGGAGGGCGUGGUCUGCCAGGUUCCUCUGGGCUACCUGGGAAAAUUGGUGAGCCUGGACCGCGCGGGGAAGUGGGCCCUCAGGGGGUUCCCGGUGUGAAGGGAGAUCGUGGUGAGAGGGGCCUGGUGGGUACUCCAGGGCCACAGGGGAAAGUGGGCGCUAAAGGGGAGCAGGGCCCCCCGGGAAUCCCAGGCCCACAAGGUCUUCCUGGAGUUAAAGGUGACAAGGGCUUCCCGGGGAAAAUUGGGUCCAAAGGUGAUAUAGGAGAUCCCGGUGUCGAAGGCCUGCCUGGGGAGAAGGGAGAGAAGGGUGAAUCUGGAGAGCCAGGACCCAAGGGACAGCAAGGUGUCCGCGGAGAACCUGGUUUUCCUGGACCUACUGGGGAUGCGGGAGCACCUGGCAUCAGAGGGUUCCCUGGACCUCCCGGUCCUCGGGGGCUUGGUGGUGAGCGUGGCGUACCUGGAAUGCCUGGGCCUCAGGGUGCCCCAGGCAGGGAUACAGGAGAUCAGCACAUUGUCGACGUGGUCCUGAAAAUGUUGCAAGAGCAACUGGCUGAAUUAGCCGUGAGUGCUAAAAGAGCCUCCCUGGGUGGGGCAGGUGUGAUGGGACCUCCUGGGCCUCCUGGCCCCCCUGGGUCUCCUGGUCACCAAGGGCCACAUGGACAUCCUGGCGCUCGCGGCAUCCCAGGAAUCAUCGGGGCUGUGGGGCAGAUUGGCAACACUGGACCCAAAGGAAAGAGGGGAGAGAAAGGAGAGCAAGGAGAACCUGGGCGUGGACAUCAAGGGAUGCCAGGGCCGCCAGGUAUCCCAGGUCUCCCCGGUCACCCUGGUCAUGCCAUCAAUGGCAAAGAUGGUGAACAAGGUUCUCCGGGUAUUUCAGGAGAAACUGGACGUCCUGGCUUACCAGGGCCUUCUGGACUUCCUGGAUUCUGUGAGGCGGCUGCCUGUUUAGGUGCCUCUGCAUAUGCAUCAGCCCGCUUGACUGAACCAGGUGCCAUCAAAGGUCCUUCGUACUGA